CUGCCAAUAUUGACUAUGACAACUGCAGAACCCUAUAAAAGCUCAUCAUAUUAGAGAUAGAAAGCUAGUCACACGACAAACUCGGUUGCUAAAACUCCAUUAAAGAAAAAUAUUAGCCCGCAAUGAAAUUAUUCAUUACUCUGUGUUUGGUUCUCAGCACAGCGUUAUAUUGUGCCGAUUGCGCAGAUUGUCCAGAUACUGAAGAUGUAGUUUGGGCUCUUGGAGGUGGCUGCAAUGUUUUUCGUAAUCAGUGUUACUUAAAUAAAGCAAAUAUGGUCCGCAAACCAGGCUACACCGUCACCACAAAGGAUGAGUGCCAGAAACAGUGCCCUCAGAUCUGCCCUGCAAUUUAUAGCCCAACAACUGGAAAUUAUAAUGGGCAGAUCCGGGAGUUCAGCAAUGAAUGCCAAAAACGGAUUCACACCUGUCGUACUGGCGAGACUUUCUUGUAAACUCACGCAAAUGGUGGAAAAGUAAUACAAAUGUGUAUACGAAUAAAUAAAUAACAGCUGAAUAACCUGCUCUGCAGUUUGAA